CAAACAGAGUUUUUAUCCAGCAAACUCAGCCCACCCGUCAGGUAUAAAAGCCGCGGCGCUGGCCUGGUUUUAAUCUGCACUUUUCCCAAUCAGAAACAACGCCAGAAUCCCACAGACAUGAAGGCUGUCGUGUCUUUGCUCCUCAUUGGAUGCCUCGCCUCGGCACUGGCAGCUCCUCCGGUGAAAUGGUGCGCGCAGUCUGAAGCAGAGAAGAAGAAAUGUGACGACCUAGCGGGCAAAAAUGAACUGAAGGACCUUUUGACGUGCGUGCAGAAAGAAGGGGCAGAUGGUUGCAUAAAAGCCAUUAAGGAUAGGGAAGCAGAUGCUGUUACCCUAGAUGGAGGUGAUAUCUACCAUGCUGGACUCGAAAACUAUGACCUGCACCCGAUCAUCGCCGAGGACUACGGCCCAGGCUCUGACACCUGCUUCUACGCUGUUGCCGUGGCAAAGGCGGGCACGAACUUCGGGUUCAAAGAUCUGAAGGGGAAGAAGUCAUGUCACACGGGCCUGGGGAAGUCUGCUGGUUGGAAAAUUCCCAUCGGUACUCUGCUAGCUCAGAAUCAGAUCUCCUGGGGUGGAAUCGACGAUGAAACUCUUGUGAAAGCCGUGUCAGAGUUCUUCUCUGAAAGUUGUGUUCCGGGAGCUGACCAGGAUAUGCACGCUAAGAAGUACAAGAACCUGUGUAAGCUGUGCGGGAACGACUGCUCCCGUACACACAAGAAUCCCUACUAUGACUACAGUGGAGCCUUCAAGUGCCUGGUGGAGCGUGGUGGUGAUGUAGCCUUUGUGAAACAUACGACAGUCCCAGACUCAGAGAAAUCAAAAUACGAGCUGCUGUGUAAGGAUGGCACCAGGAAGAGCGUCAAUGACUUUACUGAAUGCCACCUGGCCAAAGUGCCCGCCCAUGCUGUGGUCAGCCGUAAGGACGCAGACCUGGCUGACCGUAUCUGGCAAAUGCUUCAGACAGCCAUGAAAUUUUCCCUUUUCUCGUCCACCAACUACAAAGCCAAGGACCUGCUCUUCAAAGACUCCACUGUCAAACUGGUCCAGAUUCCCAAGAGCACAGAGAGCUUCCUUUACCUGGGUGCAGAGUAUAUGAGCAUCGUCCGCUCGCUGCAGAAAGCUGGCACUGACAUGAAGCGGGAUGCCAAGGAGGUGAAGUGGUGCGCGGUGGGGCAUGAGGAGACCAGAAAAUGCGAUAACUGGGCCUCAAGCAUCGAUCCAGACUCUGAAGACAAGAUCAGCUGUGCUACUGCACCCACCGUGGACGACUGCAUCAAAAAGAUCAUGCGUAAAGAGGCAGAUGCCAUGACGUUGGAUGGAGGGGAGUUGUACACUGCGGGGAUGUGUGGCCUGGUUCCGGUCAUGGCGGAGCAGUAUGAUGAAGCUAAAUGUAGUAAUUCUGGAGAUACCCCCGCCUCCUCUUACUAUGCUGUUGCCGUGGCGAAGAAGGGCACAGGCUUCUCCUGGGCUGACCUGAGGGGCAAGAAGUCGUGUCACACUGGAAUGGGGCGCACUGCGGGCUGGAACGUCCCCAUGGGUCUCAUCCACAAGGACACAAAUGACUGUGAAUUCUCCAGUUUCUUCAGCGAGAGCUGUGCCCCUGGGGCUGACGAGGGGUCCAGUCUGUGCAAACUGUGCGUUGGCAAGGGAAAGGACAACGUGGGAGGCGUCAAGUGCAGAGCUAGCACAGAGGAGCUGUACUACGGCAACAGCGGAGCUUUCCGGUGCCUGGCAGAGGGUGGUGGUGAUGUUGCCUUUGUGAAACACACAAUUGUGGGAGAGAACAGUGAUGGAAACGGUCCCUCCUGGGCGUCGGCCCUGAAGUCUGCUGAUUUUGAGCUGCUGUGCCGUGAUAAUACAAGGGCCCCGGUUUCUGACUACGUGAAAUGUCACCUGGCCAAAGUGCCCGCCCACGCCGUCGUGACCCGGCCCGAGAUGCAGGACCAGGUGGUGGCUUUCCUGAAGGACCAGGAGAGCCUGUUCGGAAUCAACGGCUCCGACACUGGCUUGUUUAAGAUGUUCCAGUCCGAAGGGAGUAACCUCCUCUUUAAAGACUCCACCAAGUGUCUCCAGGAGGUGAUUAAAGGCCAGAGUUUCAAGGACUUCCUGGGGAAAGAAUAUUACGACGCUGUGACCUCGCUCAAGACUUGCUCCACCAGCGUGUCAGAACUGGAGAAGGCCUGCACUUUCCACACCUGCCAGCAGAAGGUGUAGAAGAGCAUCACUCACCCUCACAAACCCCCUGUCUUUGGCAGUUCGCCAACCAUCUGCAUGCAAGGGGGCAGGGAGUUCUUUUUUUUGUUCAGCUUCUGGUUGAUUCUGAAAAAAUGUACAAAACAAACACAUAAAAACUCUGCAAUAAUAAACUACUACGGCACGGUACCUAGAACCUGAAA